UUUCACUCUGUUUGCAAAAUGCUGUUAAUGAGUCCUAAACAUAAACACGAGCAGAUUGCUAUGGAUAUGACCCACAGGAGUAGAAAGAUAAGGACAUUACCCACAAUGAAAGCAGAAAAACAAAAUACAUGUACAAUGGCUGUAAUGUAAUCUUGGAGACAGAUUUUUACAACAGUGUUAAAUAUUUUAGCAUAGGUUUUAAUGUAUUUCCUGUGAAAAAAACAAACAAACAUGCUUGCUUUGUGAUUGAUGAAAGCUUGGCUCAGAAGCCAGAUCUGGAACAAAGGAAAUUGUGGUGAAACAAUACCAGCUAGUGUGAAAGAGAGUGUGCAUUAUGAAUUGAGGCUAAGGGAACCAAAUUGUCUUCCUUCUACAGUUCUGAUAAUCUGUCUUUACUUUUCUUUUUAAAUUGUCUCCCCUUUCCUUUUUCAGUGCACACGCUCACCCCCACACACACAUUAUUUAGACACACAUACAAAUGCUCCAUUCUAAGCUAGACUUUAUAGAGAACACAGAAAGAUAGUGAGUAGGGGCUUGUGAAAGUGAGAUUGAGGAAAGGGAGGGAGAAAGCUGGAGGAAAUCCCGCCUACUCCAACCCUCUUACAAAGGACAUCAAGAAUGGGAAAGACCUGCUGAGGAAUACAAGCCAACAACCUAGAUAACAGAGGGAGACCCAGAACGGGACCGAGAGAGGGAGAACGAAGAGAGGAAGUGAGAAACUUUUUAAAAAAAGGGCUGCACAAAUGGAAGAACAGCAAGAAAUUAAAGUGAAGAAUCCUUGGCACAGGAGGCAGAUCAUCAUAGUCACAGCCAUCAUUGCAGUGGGAAUCAUCAUAAUGGUAUCCAUUGGAGUAGUACAAAACAAACCUUUACAUCAGAAAUACAAGUAUGGGAUAGUCCUUGAUGCAGGGUCUUCUCAUACAUCUGUUUAUGUCUAUGAGUGGCCAGCUGAGAAAGAGAACAACACUGGCAUGGUUCAGCAGAAACAUGCAUGCAAUGUAAAAGGCAAAGGGAUAUCCAGUUACUCAGGGACUCCAGAUAAAGCUGGUGUGUCAUUGAAGGAGUGUAUGGAUGAGGCUAAAAUGACCAUACCUAAACACAGACACCAUGAAACACCGGUAUAUCUGGGAGCCACAGCAGGCAUGAGACUACUCAAGAUGGAUGAUGACACUGCCUCUGAAAAAGUGUUGAAGUCUGUGGAGAAUUUUCUUCAGACUUACCCAUUUUCCUACCGGGGAGCUCGUAUUAUUACUGGACAAGAAGAGGGAGCUUUUGGCUGGAUCACUGUCAACUACCUGAGUAAUAACUUCAGGAAGGCUUCAGGGACUAUGGGAGCUCUUGACCUAGGUGGAGCUUCCACUCAAAUCACCUUUGUGUCUGGGCAGAACCUGGAGUCUCCAGACAAUUCCAUUGAUUUCCGGCUGUAUGGAAAUGAUUAUCAUCUUUAUACCCACAGUUUUCUUUGUUAUGGAAAGGACCAAGGGCUAAAGCUUUCUAUAAAACAGCAAAUACAAUCAAAAAAUGAUAUGACAGGUAACAUAACUCUGGAGGACCCUUGUUUCAAUCCUGGCUAUAGUGUCAUUAAGAGCUUACAGAGUGUCUUUGACAGCCCCUGUACUAAAGUUAACGGUCCUCGGAUAGAAAAAAAUUUCACCCAUAUUGGCAUUGGAAAUUGGCAUAAAUGCCACGAAGCAGUUAGGAUGAUCUUUAACAAUACUUACUGUCAUUAUUCAAGAUGUUCCUUUAAUAAUGUCUUCCAGCCUACUGUGGAAGGACGAUUUGGGGCAUUUUCUGCUUAUUUCUUUGUGAUGAACUUUUUAAAUCUGACCGCUUACAGCUUAAAUGGGGCUAAAGAAAAAAUGGCUGAUUACUGCACCACUAACUGGAACAUUUUAAAACAAAAACACCCUAAUGUGAAGGAAAAGUAUCUUGGAGAAUAUUGCUUCUCAGGUACUUAUAUCCUGACUUUGCUGGAAGAUGGAUACAAAUUUACUUCUGACAACUGGAAAAACAUUGACUUCAUCAAGAAGAUUGGAGACAGUGAAGCUGGCUGGACACUAGGUUACAUGCUAAACCUGACAAACAUGAUACCUGCUGAAGCUCCAGACACUCCACUCCUGCCUUAUGGGGGCUAUGUCACACUCAUGUUUUUCCUCUCUCUCCUGAUUUUUGUAUGUUUUAUAAUUGGUUAUAUAUUCUUCAGACGAAAAUCUGGCCCAGCCCAUAAAGACAUUAUUUAGACUUUAACAGGCACUGACAUUCUACUGUCUGUCCUUACAGAAAAAUAUUUCUGAAGAAUGCAACCUAUGCGACUGAAAACCACUUUUAAAGCUCCUUUCAAGAGUUUUAAUUUCUGUAAUUUAAUAAUAGGUCAGUUUAAGAUAACAGAGACUUUAUACCUCAUGUGAAGGAGAAAAAGGCAGAAAUCCAGGAUUUAAAACCUGUUACAUCGGAGGACAUCAUAAAUGUUCAUGUUUAUAGACUUUAAAGGCUGAUUAAAAAAAAUCUCAGGAGUAAAGAUUUAAACUAAAAAGGCUGUAGGUUUCUUCUAAAAAAAAUAUGCACAGAUAUAUGUAUAUUGUGUGCUUUCAAUCCUUAUGAAGAACCCAUAUUAAUCCUUGCACAUACAAAAAUAUUUUAUUCAAAAUGCAAUAUAACUGCCUUACGGGAAAUGGCAGGCGUAGCAGUGUAGCCUUAUGUCUAUGUUAUGGCCAUAUAUAAUGCACUUAAAUCUGACUAGUUAUAGUAUUAAUUCAUUAUGAUGUUUCUGAAAGCACACUGUGUUUCUUUUACUGAAAACAAAAGUUUUAGAUUUGUUUCAUUUUUGUGAUUUUUUUAUCCAAAUAUAUUGUGUUUAUACUGUGUAUUAAAUAUAAUGAUGAUAAAUGUUCAAAACAAGACUUAAAACUGUUUGGUCAAAUGAAGGCACAUUCAUUUAAGGGCACUGUGUACUGUCUAAUGCAAUGUUAUUGAUGUGACAUGCAUGCUAGAGACCAAAUAUCUGGAAGCAAGCAAGUAAUUCUCAAGCUACAGUUGUGUUUUUCAAUUAGUUAACAACAAAUAAACAACAAAUGGCAUAUUUAUUGAGCUCUAAUUUAACCAAAGAUUUUGGUCUGCAGCGAUGUACUCUCAUUCUAUGGUGGUUGUUGCCAGUAGUUCCUUAGAGUCACCAGAUCAUAAUAAUGAAAAACAAUUUGUUCUGCACUAUAUCCACUGACAUUUAAUCACAUUUUGUUAAAUAAUAAUGAUAAAAAAUGAGUGGUUCUUCCAAACAUUUGGCUUUUAGUUGACAUGUAAUAUAUUGCAUACAUGUGGCAUAUAGUGUUAUAAAUAAUAAAUGGGGGACAAAAUGCAAAGAAUGUUAAUUUAGUGGUGUCUCACCACAAAAAGCUUUAAUGUGCCUUUAAAUAGAUGGCUUUGGAAGUCUAUCCAAGAGAUAAACACUGCUGAACCUCAA